GUAUUUUGGGAAAUACAUGAAAGAGGAGGAGAUUGCAGAAACGGGGCAAGGCUCGCAUGUUACAUUGGUUCGUCUUUUGGAGAUGGAGAGGUACAAAAGUAGGCUGCGUUUCAAUGGAAGAGCUUUGGGCGGUCACGUGAGAUCUCACGUGUUCGGUCUUUCUGCGAAACGAGAGAGAUGCGGUGUCGAGGAAGAUGAUGGUGAGGAGGAGGAGAAACGGCCGAGUCCACUCGGUGAUGAGACAGAGUCGGGUGAGUUGCUUCCGUCUUCAUCGGCUUUUUCUUCUUCGUCUUCUUCUGACGAAGAGGAAGAAGAUGAUGUCGCCGUCGUCGAUGAUCAUGGCUCCAUAGCCUCCGUUCUUCUUCAAACCGGUGAAAGCGAAACCGACUCCUCCAGGAUUAAACUGACCCGGAGACGAUCCAAACGUAACCAGAAACUCGGAGAGUUAGAUGCUGACAAAGCCAAGAAGCUGAAAACGAGUCAACUCGGUUUCAGGUCGACCGUUCCGGUUCCGGAGCCUCUCAGCUCGGCUUCGGACACGGCAUCGACGGAGGAAGAUCUCGCCUUUUGCCUCGUGAUGCUAUCAAGGGAUAAGUGGAAAAAGGAGAGCAAACCCAAAGAAGUACAAGAGGACGAUCAAGAUGAUGAUAACGACAACGGAGAAGAAGAAGACAGAACCAGCAAGAACAGAGCAAGAGGCGAAUACAAGUGCGAGACUUGCGGCAGAGUGUUCAAAUCGUAUCAGGCGCUGGGCGGACACAGGGCAAGCCACAAGAAGAACAGGGUGUGCAGAACAGAUCAGCAUCAAUGGCGAGGAACAGGGUACGAGGUUGGAAAUGCGGUAGCAGAGAAGAAAAUCCACGAGUGUACGAUCUGUCUCAGGAGGUUUAUCGAUCUUAACCUUCCUGCUCCGACCGAAGACGAUGAUACCAGCCAAGCCGAAGCCUCUGUUGUGUUCGAUGAAUGCUGA